AUGUCCUCGAAGACUAAAGCAAAGGGCUCCAAACUGGGGCUUUUCAAGUUCCGCAAGAGUACAACAGAUUUAUCAGAAUGGAACAAAAAUGAUGAGAAACUGCUUAAGGCUGUGGAGCUGGGAGAUAUGUCCAAGGUCGACACUAUUCUGCAGAAGAAGGCCAUGGUUCCUACAAAACUGGGUCCCAAGGGACUUUCUGUGUUCCAUAUUGCCUGUGCUGCUGGAAGGACUCAGAUUGUGGAACAGUUUCUUGCUUAUGGAGCUGAUGCCAACAUAAAAACCAUACAAGAAACCUCCCCCUUACAGUUGGCUGCUGGAAAUGGGAGAGCUGAUAUUGUCCAGCGCCUUAUACAGGCUAGAGUAGAUAUUGAGGAUACAGACAAGAAUGAGACGACAGCAUUACACCAUGCUUGUAUGGGAAUGCAUGUAAACUCAGUACAGGUGCUUCUCCACCACAGGGCUGAUGUCAGUGUGGGAGACAAGACUGACAAAACACCCUUGUUUUAUGCCUCUCACAAUGGAGACCUACAGAUUUGUAAGGAGCUGCUGGACCGAGGGGCAGAGGUCAAUAGGUGUGACACAUCAAACAUCACUCCCCUGAUGGCAGCAGCUAAGCAAGGACACAAGGAGGUUUGCGAACUCCUUCUGAGGAAGGGAGCUGAUCCAGAGGCUACUGACGUACAAGGUAGGAAAGCCCUUCAGUAUGCUACAGAGGCAGGGCAUGAUGAUAUUAGUGAAGUAUUCAGUAAAGCGCCAACACGGGCCUCCUGGGACCUCACCUCAUCCAGGGCUGCCAAUGGUCCAUCAGGUAGCACCAAUGAAGAGGUCACAGAAACACCUACAUCAGAGAUGCCAGAAGCUGAUCAGGUGGAUGCUGUGGCUCAAUUCAUCCCUGCCAACACGCCAGAGUUUGAUCGUAAACUUUCUAAUGACGUAUCUACAAGUCACCAACCAGUACCACAGCCAAGAAAUACAAAACCAGCAGAGAGUCCUCCGCAGGUAAAUGCUGCAGACCAGCGGGCACUGGAGGCCUAUAAGGGAGAUAACUCGGGAGAGGAACUGGAGGAAGAGCAUGAACAACUCAAUGAAGAGUUCCACAGAGUUACCUCCCAUAACAGGAGGUUACAGGGCGAUAUAUUGUCCCUACAGAAGCAGCUGCAGGACCUCCAACAAGCCACUUCUGAAGAUAAAACAAAAGACUUGGAAAAAAUGAUGGAGGGUCUUGAAGUGAAACUAGCUGAGGAAAAAGAGAGAAAUCAAGAACUUGAAGAGAAAUUGUCCAGCAAAACUGCUAAAACAGAGAGUACACAGGAAGAGGAUGGACAGUCUACAGGUGAUGUCUGGAAUGAUAGUGAAGAUGAUUUGUUUGAUUCUCCUGGUCACAAGACAAAUGGAGGAAUGGAGCCAGACGAUAAGCAGAUGGUAGCUUUGUUGCGGAGUCAAAUCCUUUCACUUCGCCAGGAGAAUGAUCAGCUCAAAGAACGUGCUCAGUCUGUCCCUCCGGAGGCAGUAGGGAAUUCCUCCUUCCUUGCCCCUGGGGCACAGGACCUGCCCCCUUGGGUACGUGCUCAGCUGGAGGAGAAGGAAGAGGAGCUGGAGGAACUCCAUAAUAAACUGAUUACCCUGGAAGAGGAAAACAAAAUUCUCAUAGAUCAGAUAAAGAGGAACAGGCACAACGAGGAGAAUUUUGUCGAGAGAGAGAUACAAACAUCUCCGAAGAAUGUAGGAGAUAAUCAGCUGUCAUCUGAUAACCGAUCCACACCAGACAAACUGUCAGAGACAAGUGUUAAAACUGAAGAGGAGAAAAAUGAGGUGGUUGAGAGACUGCAACACGAGUUAGAAACACUAAGAGAAACAUACGAAAAGUUGGUUCAGGCUGGAGACAAUUUACAGGAUAUGUACGAUCAAGUGUUACUAGAGAAAGAUCAACAGGCUGAGGAAUUUGAAAAAUUGUUACAAGAAAAAGAGGAAAUAGUGAAAGAAAAUGAAUUUCUUUUGUCUGAUGGCAAUGCCAUGCAUGAGGACCUGGAAAAACUAGUGCAAGAAUUAGAAAAAAAUCAGGAAAAUUUGGAAAAGGUGCAAUCUGAGAAGGAGGAUUUAGAGCGAAAGUUUGCAGCUGUGAACAUGUCUGGUAAAGCUAGUGAAAUGGCAAAGCUGAUGGAGGAGCGUGAUCGUUAUAAGACACGAUAUGAAGAGGAGGCAGUGGAGCGUGGACGGCUCCAGGAGAACCAUGAUGUGGUGCUGGAGGAGGUACAAAACCUGCAGGAGAAGUGUCAGGCCAUGUCACUGGAACAAGAACAGAUACAGCAAGAGUAUGAGGGGCUACAGGAUGAAUAUGAACAGUUAUCUCAGCAAUCUGAAGCCCUCCAACAGGACUACACACAGCUUGAACAGGACUACUCUGAACUACUCACUGAUAAAGAGAAGAUGGAACAAGAGUUCCUGGAAGUACAAACAGCCAGUGUCCAGGUGGAGAAUCGUAACCCUAGUCUCUUGGAGGAGAAAGAGCAUCUACAGGAGGAGUAUGACAUGCUUGACUAUGAGAAGGAACAGCUCGAACUCACUAUCUCAGAAAUGUCAAAGAACAACGCUCUAUUAGAGGAACAAUUAGAUAAAAAUAGAAUUGAAUUGUCCCGAACGUAUGAAAAAUUGAAAAAGGAAUCUGCCAUUAGAGCACAGCAGGAGUCUGAAUCAAACACAGACAAGGAAAAACUGAUAAAAUCUCUACAGACACAGACACAACGACUACAGCAACAACUGGCGGAAACAGACCGACACCAUCGAGAUGUUAUUAACACCUAUAGAACACACCUUAUAUCAGCAAUGCAGGGACAUAUGGAUUCUGAUGUUCAGCAAAUACUUUACAACAUAAUAGAACUACGCAGUGUGGAAGAGUAUUGCUGACCCUGAUUACAUGAUGGUGAUCAUCACAGGAGGUGUACAGAUGGUACUCUUAAACUUUCUGAUAUCAGUACCAUGUUGGAGUUUUGGACAUCUCUGACCUGUAAUAAUACAGUAACAUGGCUGGACUAUUCGUGAUGUGACAGAUCUAGUACUGUACUGUACAAAGUACUCUAUAUAAUCCUGUUCUUUUAGAGCACUUAAAACGCGGACUUGUAGCUGUUAUUGCUAUAUGAGGAGCAGUAGUACAUGGUUUAUGUAUCAGAAAAUGGCAGCAUUAGGAGUAUCAAAUGUCCUGUUGGGCAAACAUUUCACAUCUGGUAACAUUCCAAUCAGAUUCAUUGAUACUGAUCCAGCUUCAGCAUUUUGUUAUUAGAUGAUACAUUAAAUAAUGUGAUUGCAUGAUAUUUAAUGUGGUGAGUGGUUCAGUCAGACUUUUAUGGUGAAGAGAAACUAAUUUAAGUGUAUUCCAAGUUCUCUUUCACAUCAGAGAAAUUAAUUUUCUUUGUAGUGUGCGCCAUCUCUUUCUCUUGACUUAGAGUUAUGUGCCCCUAUGGGUAUAAGAAUGAUGUGAGAUUUGACAUUCCUGGGAUAGUGUAAUAGCCAUUAUGUGUCCUUAACAUAUUAAAGAGGUGGCAUUUCUUUAUAUCAGUAGGUCCAAGGAGUAUCUAUAUAUCAUUAACAUUAUAAAUAUCCAUUCCAGAAAAAAUAAUUUGAUGUAUAAAUUGUCCAUGUAAGAAAUUGUGUAGAUGAAA